AUGAACUUCAGAAGCCUGGAAGAGUUUUGGCCCUUCUAUGUCAACCAACACUCGAAACCAUCGACAAGGCGUUGGCAUUUUCUAGGCACGCUUACAGGUCUUCUCUUCUUGAUUUCUUCAAUCCUAUUCAACUGGUGGCUUCUGUUCUUUGUGCCAUUCUUUGGCUAUGGCUUUGCCUGGUACAGCCAUUUCUUUGUCGAUGGUAACAUUCCCGCAACAUACGGGCAUCCGCUUUGGUCUCUUUUAUGUGAUUUCAAGAUGUUUGGGUUGAUGCUCACUGGGCGGAUGGACAAGGAGAUCAAGAAACUCGAAAAGAGGCCGGUAUUGCAGGUCUUUUGAUCCUCUUGUUGUUGUAUUUUGAAGUGAUUUCAGCUGUAUCAGAACUCUAUAUGCUUUGAAUUCCUCUUUUUCUCAAAUGAUUCCGUGUUGUUGCAUGUGCUCAAUGCCUGAAUCUGUAGUACUAAGCCUAAGCUUUAUGCUAGAUUGUACAGACUCUGUAAGCAAGUUCUGCUAUAAUCGUUUCUGGGUUGGAUAUUUUUCUUGCAGCACAACUGUUUUGUUUUAGAUCGUUCAAAAUCUUAUGAGUUGGAUUCGUUGCAUUGA